AUGUAAUCCUACGACGACUCAAGAUUGCUCUUCAAAAUUUUUUGGUUAGCUUGUUAGCUUGUAGCUUCUAAUUUUAAGAUUGCAUUGGAGAAUCUUGCUAAUUUUUGAUAGUAUACUGAGACGAUUUGGAAUGUCUAUUUCAAAACUUGAUAUGCUGAGACUGUACAAAACUUUAUUAAGAGAAGCUGGAAAAUUUCAACUCUACAACUACAGAAUGUACGCUCUACGAAGGAUAAAAGAAGGCUUCAGGGAGAACAAAAAUAUUACCGGGUCCGAAAUCAACACAAAAUAUGAAGAGGGUCGCAAUAUUUUGGAAGUUAUUAAAAGACAGGUAAUAGUGGGCAAUCUAUAUGUUCCUCCUAAGCUCGUGAUUGAACAAUAAGAAUCCUUGUGCUAUUGAUUAAUAUUGGAAUUAUAUGAAAGCAUUCUUUGUUAGGAAUCACACUCUUGUAAAUAGCAAUUUUUGUAUACCAUUAUAAUCUAUGAACUGUU